GGACAAGGAGGCACUAUAUCCGGAUUUAAGAAUCGCGACUUUCCUUUCUCUCUCUAAACAUUCUCUCUCUAGAAACCUACAGCCAAACCCUGAGCACACUUCACUGUGACAACAAGAUCUAAACCUGAUACAAUCUCCAUGGAGGAACAAGAGAAGGGUUUGUGUGGAACAUCAGAAUCCGCAGUGAACCAUGAGGGGAAAGUGGGGGGUGAAACCCUAGAAGGGUCUGUGGAUUAUAGGGGCGAGGUUCAGAUGGAGGGUUCAUUCUCGGAAGAGUUGGUUGGAGAGGGUGGGGAUUGUAAUGGGAAGGAUGUAAUGGUGGAGGUUCUUGGGUCUGAUUUGUACAUAGAUGGUGUUUGCACACAGGGAAAUGGUGCUGAGCUGAGUGGUGAACUGGGUGGUGGUAGAUCAGUUGAGGGUUUUGGGGAGGAUGUGUGGUCUGGAGAGGUAGGUGGUGGGGACUCUCAGGGUGUAGAAUCUGAAGAAGGUAGGAGGGAGAAUGUGGCAGUGGAAGGUGGGACAGCGAUGAACGUGCCCAUGGAAUUGGAUAAUGUGGUGUUGGGGAAGGAAGAUAGAGAUGAAGCAGUUGUUGGUAGUGAAGUUGAUGCUGCAUCUUUACAGGAGGAGGCUAUUUUGGAUAAUAGAGCUCAGAAAGAAGUGGGGACUGCAAUUAGCAAUAUCGAAGAUCCUAUUAUUGCAGACAUUGGGGUUGAGUGCACAAAUGCACUGGAUGGGGGGGCCUCAGAUCACAAGGUGACAAAUAGUAGAUGUGAGGAUGGCCUAGUAUGCCAGUUAACAGGUAGUUCUGUAGAAGGAGAGAAUGUACAGAGUGAAUGUGCGGAAAAGGAUAAUGGAGCAACAAGAGAUGGAGAUGAUGUGACCUUAGACGAAGAGAAGAACAAUGCUAAUAUGCAUAGUGAUAAAAUAUUGGAGAAAGAAUGUAUCAAUGACAAAGUUGAAUUUGAGGAAAAGAUAAAUUCAGAUGUUGAACAACCCUUGGAGAUUAAUAGAGUUGAUGAAGACUCCAAUAAUGUACUAGAAGAAGUGGUUGGUGGAACUGAUGUUACUAUGGAUGAGACUCUUCCAACUUCUGAGGAAAAACAGUGCUUGAGAAAAUGCACUAAAAAAGAACAAACGUCUGAGUCUGUUCAGGUUAAUUCAGACACCGGGCAGGGGAUAGUUGAUAAGGAUUCAACAGAAGAAGAGGAAUUAAACAACAAUGUUUCUGAUGCUAAAAGAUGUGGUUUGCUGAAGGGGACAGAAGUAGAAGUCGAAGUCAAAGGUCAACCAGAGGCAGAAAGCACUGAAACAAAGAACCACACUUCAUAUAUUGAAGGUAGAUUUGUAUCUUUCAAGAGUGAGAAAUAUUUAGAUGCUAAUGCAAUUUCUGUAAUUGUAGAAGACACUCAAAUUGCAGACCAGGAUAACCUUGCCCUGAUGGAUGGAGGAAAGGACAAAGUCCAUGAUGAGUCUAAUAUUAGGCAAAAUGUUGAAGUACAAACUGGCAUUUCUGAGCAGGUUGGUUCAAAUGGAGCUCAGGAACUUGAAGAAUUUGUUGAAGCUGGACAGAGAAAAGUAGAGGGAAGAGUCACGAGACGGUCAUCAUUAAUGAAGGCUGUAAAUUCAGAACUAUCUCAUUAUGCAAGAUAUUUGCUGCCAAAAGAAAAGGAAAGCAACUUUUCUGUGUCAAAUAUGGUUUGGGGAAAGGUGAGAAGCCACCCAUGGUGGCCUGGACAGAUAUUUGACCCCUCAGAUUCGUCUGAGAAGGCAAUGAAGCAUUAUAAAAAGGACUGCUAUUUGGUAGCAUAUUUUGGGGACAGAACAUUUGCUUGGAAUGAAGAAUCUCAGCUAAAACCUUUUAGGACACAUUUCUCUUCUAUUGAAAAGCAGAGCACUUCAGAGUCAUUUCAGAAUGCUGUAGAUUGUGCUCUAGACGAAGUAACAAGACGAGUCGAAUAUGGCCUGUCAUGUUCUUGUAUACCCAAAGAUACCUACAACUCAAUUAAAUUCCAGACUGUAGAAAACACUGGCAUCCGACCAGAACUAAGUGUCAGACAUGGGGUGGAUGAAUCCCUAAAUGCAAGCACCUUUUCACCUGAUAAGCUUGUAGAGUACUUGAAAACACUAUCUGAAUUGCCAACUGGUGGUUUUGAUCGUUUGGAGCUUGGGAUUGCUAAGGCUCAACUGCUUGCAUUCUAUCGCUUCAAGGGUUACUCUUACUUGCCAGAAUUACAAUAUUGUGGAGGUUUUGACGAUGACAUGGACACCAUUGUUCAUGGUGAUGACAAUAAGGCUAUUAAUUACAAGAAUGAUGGUCAAGUUGGUUCUGGAAAUUUAAAAACCCAAAGCAGCUCUCGCCGCAAACGGAAACAUAACUUGAAGGAUAUUAUGCAAGAAACACCAAAGGAAAGAAGCUUGUCUGAACUAAUGGGUGGGACGCUAGACACACCUGAUGGUGAAUAUUGGUUUGAUGAGAAGGUAACUGAAAAUCAUGUUUCACGUGGCCGUCCCAAGAAAAGGAGGACUGUUGAUCACUAUGAUGAUGACUUUGGGAAGCAAGAUGGAAGGAAAACAAUUUCUGUUGCAAAAGUUUCCAACACCACAAAGCCUUCAUUUUUAAUUGGUGACCGUAUUCGUAGGGUUGCUAGUAAACUUACUGGUUCACCCACUGUGGUGAAGAGUUCUGGUGACCGUUCUCAGAAGACAGAUGUUAGCACGGAAGGCAUUUCUGGGAAUGAAUUUGAUGUUUGCUUUGAUGAGGCCCAGAGGUCAAGUAUGGUUGUUACAAUAGAGUAUUCAUCUCUGGAUGAUUUGCUAUCUUCACUUCAUUUGGUGGCACAGGAACCCCUCGGAGAUUAUCGCUUCCUGAAUCCUAUUGUAAGUUUCUUCUCUGAUUUCAGAGAUUCGAUAACUGUGGCUGAUGAGGCUGUAAAAGAUAUCUUUUGUACAGAAGAAGUUGGCACUAAAAGGAAGCAGCCGCCUGUAGCUGGGUUGCCUGAAACAUUUGAAUUUGAAGAUAUGAGUGACACAUAUUGGACAGACCGGGUCAUUGACAAUGGCAGUGAAGUGCAACCAGCACAACUGUCACAACCAACACAACCAGCACGGAGAAACCGUAAAAAGGACCAUCAACUUGUUUCUACCGAGCAAGGGAAGUCUGUUCCAGUUAGUCGAAGGCCCUAUUCUAGGAAACAGUAUUCUAACAGUGAUCAUGUUGAGAUUCCUCAAAAGCCUGCUGGUUAUAUAAAUGAGAAUGCCCCUGCCGAACUUGUUAUGAAUUUUGCUGAGUUGGGUUCAGUUCCCUCAGAAACAAACCUCAAUAGAAUGUUUAGGCGUUUUGGACCUCUAAAAGAUGCUGAGACAGAAGUUGAUACAGUAAGCAGCCGGGCAAGAGUGGUUUUUAAAAAGUGUUCUGAUGCAGAGGUUGCUUGUAGUAGUGCUCAAAAGUUCAACAUAUUUGGUCCAAUACUUGUGAAUUACCAGCUUAACUAUACUCCUAGUGCAUUGUUCAAAGCUUCGUCUGUUGCUACAACCCAAGACCACGAUAUGCAUUUUGAUCUCUCCAAUUUUGAAGUUAAUCUUGGGAGUGUUGAUGAUGAUGUGGUGGCAAGUUUGGCUGAAUGAACAGCGAAAGCAUAUUUUCACCAAGUGGCUUCUGUAGUAGGUAGGUAACCGGAGAAUGUUAAUUCAUCUGGUCAUCCAUUUUUCUGUUAAGAGAUAUUUUUGGUUGUAGGAUUCCUUUUAUUGUAGUUCUGUAGUUUGUAAUUCAUUUUCUAGUUUUCUGUAUAGCCUUGUCACUGACCCUCUUUUUGUAGUUGCCAUCAUUCUCCAGCCUGAUUGUUUUAAAUUCUCUAGUCUGAACACUGGUUCUGUAUCAAUAUCAAUGCUACAUAUAAUAGUCAUAGGCAAUUAUAGUUAACCUUUAGUUGU